CUUACAACUCCAUGAAAAACAAAACCAAUUCAAAUAACAUGCCGACGAACAAAACAACUCCCCUUACCAUCUUCCUAAGCUUCCUCGGUUUAUUUUCGUUCGGUUCAUUUCCCGGUUUAGAAGCAGCGACCGGAACACCAGCUUCGGUUCCAGGAGUGUACGUGUUCGGAGAUUCGCUGGUUGAUGCCGGAAACAAUAACUAUUUAGCAAUCUCUCUAUCCAGAGCUAAUUAUCCACAUAACGGCGUCGAUUUUCCUGGCAGUAUAUCCACCGGAAGGUUCUGCAAUGGCAAAAACGCUGCUGAUACCAUUGCUGAGAAAUUUGGUCUACCGUUACCACCGCCGUAUCUCUCAUUGAAAGGACCGUUUAGAGAGAAAGAGAGAAAAGCCGCCGCUUUGAGCGGUGUGAAUUUUGCUUCCGGCGGAGCUGGCAUCUUCAACGGUUCCGAUCAACAACUUAGACAAUCUAUUCCUUUAUCAUAUCAAGUGAACAAUUGGCUAGCCAUUCACAAAGAAAUCACGAGUCAGCUUGAACCAUCGCGAGCACAAAUCCAUCUAUCCAAAUCUCUGUUCUUUGUGGUAAUAGGCAGCAACGAUAUUUUUGACUAUUUUGGAUCGUUUAAGCUUCGACAAAAGACCAAUCCUCAACAAUACACACAAUCAAUGGCUGAAAAACUCAGAGAGCAACUGAAGAGACUUCACGAUACUGGAGCACGUAGAUUGCUGAUUUUAGGUGUAGCAACGAUCGGUUGCACACCUGGACUACGUGCGGAGAACCCAAUGCAUGAAUGCGACGAAGAGGCAAAUUCGUGGGCUUCUUUGUACAACGAAGCUCUAGUAAAGAUGCUACAACAACUCAAAGAAGAGUUGGGAAGCUCAAUGACUUAUUCAUACUUUGAUAACUUCAAGUCCGUCCAUGACAUUGUCAGCAACUCUACCCGUUACGGUUUUGCUGAUGUGACAUCGGCGUGUUGUGGAUCUGGGGAAUUAAACGCGGAGUUGCCUUGUUUCCCAGUGUCAAACUUAUGUUCAGACAGAACAAAAUAUCUCUUCUGGGAUCUCUACGGUCAUCCCACGGAAGCUGCUGCCCGAACCAUCAUCGAUCUUAUGUUGUCUGAGGAUUCACAAUACUCAUCUCCUUUAACUCUCACUCAACUGAUCUCUUCAUGAUGUAAAAAAAAACUGGUCUCUUCAUGAUCAAUACGGCUUCGUUUUUCAACAUAUUAGAUCAUCUAUAUAGAAAUGGAUUUGGGAGACCUGACAGGUAAUCAAGUAUACGGGAUAAAUCUGUCAGCAAUGAAAUAAACAUUAUUAAUCUACUAAUGUUUCUCUCAUUUUUAAAUAAUAUUUAUUUUUCAAGUUUGUAAUUGCUCAAUCUUCCAAAACUAUAUACUGCACACCUUAACAAAUG